CCCCCCCACCCUUUCUCUCCCCUGUUUUUAAGAGGUAGGACAGGGACCGGGGGACAGGAGAAGCAUGGCUGCUCUGCGGAGCUCGCUUGUCGGGUACGGCUUGUCGUCCGGGUCGGAAAGCGAAGGAGACGCGGGCACGGCACCGCCACCAAAACGAGCAAACAACAACGCCGCAAAACCUGGGAAAAACUUCCUGCUGGAAUCCGGCGACACUAGCACCGAUGAAGACGGCUCCGAUCCGGAACCCGUUCCCGUUCCGGAACUCCUGGAGACCCAGAACAACAAACUCCCGGCUCCCAGGCUCGGAGCAAGCGCUCCGGGCUGCAGCGUCUUCAGUAACCCCUUCAGGGAGGAGAGGAUCGAGCAGCUGAGCGUCUUGCAGAGGCACGUGCCUCUGACGCUGCAGCCCAAGCCAGCCCUGAUCGGGGGCAGGAAAGUGUGCCUUCUCUACCGCCAGCAGGGGCGCUGCCGCUUCGGACACAACUGCAAGUUCGCGCACGACAGCGAGCUGCAGACCCCGGUCCCGAGCCCCGCCGGCUCGACCCAGACUCCUGCCGCAGAGUCGGCAGAACACCGGGACUGUGCGGAACCAGGCCAGCCCAGAACCGGGAAGAGGAAACCGGGUUUGAGUGACACACUGGUGCCACCCAAGCGCUCCAUGAAGAAUUACCAAGCCCAGAGAGCGAGGGAACAUUAUUCACAGCUUUUUUACUGA